UACGACUGUUUCCACCUGGUGAAUCUGUCGGAGGAAACAUACUGCAUGCAUUUGUAAGUAAAGUGUGUGCACUAUAGCAACCGAUUCACAUGCACGUUUUUUCCUAGUUCACGUUGAAUAUGUUAUAAUCAUGGACAGUGAUUUAGGAACGUACAUUAUAGAGACCAAGAAGUUGGUGGAAGCGCAAAAUUUUCAAAAAGCAUUCGAAGUUUUUUCUGAGGCUCUUAGCGUGUAUCCUUCUAGUUCGGAAUUAAAAGAUGGGCUCCGAAAAAUGCAAGAAGGUGUUCUGGAAAAGAUUUCUCCAAAACCCGUCAUUUCCCCGUUGUCAACAAAUCUGAGACCUUUACCAGGUGAUGAUAUCCUUCUGCAGGACGAGGAGGAGACCGUGAAACAAUGGACAGAAGAAGCAGACGAUAAUGACGUAACCAUCAGGUCGGUGGAAUUUCCCGUGGACGUCAAUAAAGUCACAGAAAAAGCAGUAGAACUUUUCAAAACUGGAGAAACAAGAAAAGGAAGGCAGCUGUUGGAUUUUUGUUUCAGGUCUUCUGAGUAUGAUGUUUGUGAUUUGAUGCUGUCUAUAUAUGACGAGGGUUUAUACAAGGAGUGUGUAUACAACUGCGUAUCUCUUCCUAAUGACAGGAAAUCGCCCUCUGUUUGGAUUACAGGAGCUAAAGCAGCAAAUCGGCUGGUUCUCCCUGCCAUAGCAGAACACUGGGUAAGGACCGUUUUAGAAUCAGAUGACACUGACAGUAAAGUAGCCCAAGAAGCAACACAGUUGUUUCUGAAUAUCCGGGCCUCGCGGCUCUUUAACAAUCUGAACACUGAAACCGACAUUGAGGUGAAGCUUACAGAGAGGGGUCGACAUGUUCGGGCUUCCUGCUGCAAGGCUGUUCAAUCUGUUGUUUUUCGUGAGGAACCUGUUCUCCUCGCACCUGCUUUUGAUUGUGACUAUGGUACUAUUCCAGUAUGCGGUCAUUGUGCGAAAUGUCUCGUGUCAGCGGAAGAAUUCUUUGGGUUGAAAAUUCUAAAAAGCAAUAAAAUAUUAAUGAAUGCUGUUGACCAAUUCUGGAUAACCCGAGCACCCGUGAAAUGUGAGCACUGUUCUAUGGAAGUAUAUUGUUCUGACGAGUGCAGACGUAAGUCAUGGGAAGGAUAUCAUAAAGUUAUAUGUCCAUCCCAAAAUGAACACUCGCCCAAAUUAUACAAGAUCUGCACCGAGUUCAAAAAAGCUUUACUUGAAGGCACAGAUAAUCUCCAUGGGUGGUGGUAUGAAAACUUCAGUCCCUUCCUCUUGGCUAGGCUCUGGGCAACAAUCUUAUGUGAUGCUAUCAAUGAUGCAAAAAACACCGGUAAAUCUCAGGCUGAUGACUUAGAUACCACUAGAGCCCGGAGGAAAUUCGAAAGCUUCCAAGUGAAUUGUCAUGGAGGAGUGACGAAGAAGAUUCCAAAAAUGUAUGACCUUAUGGUAAAGAUGUUCAGCAGCAAAGACCAAAGCAGACAUUACAAGAUAACACCAGAAGAAUUCAACUUCCGCUACGGCCAGAUCAUCAGAAACGUACAGGCGUUUUCAGAUCCAUAUCAUCCUUAUUUUGAAUUCCGUAAGCAAGUGGAUAUGUUACCGGAAAUGAAGAGUUUGAAAAAGAUUCUGUCAAAUUCAGUAAAAGAGGUUGUUUUUGCAGGAUUGUUUCCUAUUCAAUCCAGUUUAAAACAUUCGUGCGCAAGCAACGUUGAAAUAAUUUCUGGAAAUGCAAACGAGGCUCCUGGUAUACACGUGAUCUCCAGGAAACCAAUAAAACAGGGAGAAGAAUUGCUUGUAUCGUACGUGGAUACGUCACUUAACCGCCAACAAAGACGAGGCCUUUUGUAUCGCUUGUAUCAUUUCUGGUGUGAAUGCCCUGGUUGUUUGUUUGAGGGGGAUGACUCGGAUAUCUGUACUGAAUGCGGAAAAGAAUCGGAAGAAGAGAAGGGGUUUCCGUCGUGCGGGAGGUGCCAUAAAGCUUGGUACUGUUCCAAGGUGUGUCAGAAGACAGCUUGGAAGAAAGGGCACAAGGAGAUAUGUGUCUCUGGAUAGUUAAAUACUGAGUAUCUUUACACGGUCGCCGUAGCCUAGUGGUUAAGGCACUGGACCUGGGAGACCCGGGUUCAAUUCUCUAUCCCGGCACCGCGUUUAACGUAAGAUUGAUAGUGACUGUUCCUUUAGCAAGUGCUAGGCAAGCCAUACUCUCACAAAUACGAGUCAUUGACACGAUAGAGACUCCUUACUGCUACAUGUACAGCAAUCUACGCAAUGCGUAGGUCAAAAUUUGUGGCACUUCAUCGUAAGCCGGUGACGUCUCUACAUGAGGGGAAAAGUUUUCAAAUGGGAUGUAAAACAACGAAACACUGACUAUUGGUUGUCCGGAUAUGUAUGUAUGCUUGUUAUUACAUGAAGAAGUAGAAUUAUCGCUUCUUUAAGAUAUGACCUUACCGUGUCACGGUAGAUGUUGGCACACUAAACAACCCCCCCCCACCCCCCACCCCCCCCCCCCCGGCCUUGGCCGCCAGACAAGGGUCAAGGUUUGGUGAAGUGCACCUGGUGAAGUCUCUAUGUCAGUGAACAGUUCUACGUAAAAACAAACAAACAAGAAAUGUUAUAUACUCCAGCGGGGUCACACUUCCGACAGAGAUAGUUGCCAAUGGUUACAGUCACACAUCCGGAUUUACUUGAGAACGUAACAAGGGGGUCGUUACAUUUCAGGAUUCUGAAAAUCAGAUUACAAAGAACGUGUUAGUGACGACAUACACAUCUACAUUGAUAAGGGUAAUAAAGAUGUCAUCGUCAUGUUUUUAGAUGACGAUGAUGAAAUCGACGAAAUCAAUUCUACGUUUUACGUCCCGUAAUCUUUUCUAAAGCUAUGCGAGAGAAAGUGAGAGAAUUGAGGAUGUUUUAUAUCACUUGUACACGUUCAUGUGAAUUAUCUGUUUAGUGUGUAUCCAAAUACCAAACAAACACUGCUGCUGCUAGCUAAAAACUAUCAAAGGAAAAAAGUUGACCAAUCCAAUAAUCGAUUUCUUCCAAUUUUCACUAUCAAAACGGAAAACGAAAAAAGUAAAUUAAUUCUGUCUAUGACAUUUACUAUUUGCUAGGCCUUUUCUCCUCCAUUAAGCCAACUUUCAAAUUUAAAAAUACUGUUGGUUUAAAACGUAGAAUUUAUCUACGUUGGCUGAAUGGAAUUGGCUUGAGUAAGCAAAAGCGUCCUCAACAUUGAUUCAAAUACAGAGGGUUUUUUAAAUUACAAUUCCUUGUCAACCAUAAAAAGAAAAGGGGUAAUGCAUUAAAAUUUGUGCAAUGGUGAUUUUAUUUGUGUGCAUUGUGUAAGGAUGUAAAAGAUUGACAUUUUUACGAGGCCAUAACAUUUUGUCGCCAUGGUUUUCCUUUAUGACACUAUUUUCUGUAGAACUACUGAGAUGCGGAUACCUUAUUGAAAAGUAUGUUGAAAUUCGGCUUUUUCGUAUACGUUCUACAUGUACGAGUAUAUCUGUUUUCAGUAAAAGUUGCUGGUUGAUAGGUUAAAUUAACCAGUAACUCAAAUUAUCCCUCUUCGUGGGAUCGGCCAAAGGAGAAUAUCCCUAGUUUUCCCCCCUAUUUACCGUGUCCAGUAGUUAAUUAUUUUAAAAGUUUUCAUACCCAGGGACAUUAUUGUAGCGGACAAGGGACGUAACUGCGGCGAGUUGUUGAUACGUAUAUUAUGGUAGUACAAGACGUCAAUAAUAUUACAAAGGUAGAUAACUGCAGUCGAGACAAAGUCGUGCGGAAUACAGAUGGAGAUGUGUGUGAUUGACUAAAAUCAUGAAUUAGAUAGUUCUCGAUUGAAUGAAUUAAAUAUAGCUACUUGAAUGCUGGGAUUUGAAACUACAAGUAAUGUAAAACAUGGAGAAGUCACUGAGGAAACGGUUGUACGUUAUGUAAAUCGUGCGGAAGUACGACUUGCAAAAACAUGCAAUGGGAGCAUGUUUCUAGGUUUAUAUAUUUCAUUGUUUGGAAUGAACUUUUAAAUAUUAGAAGAAGUUUGUCAAAAAUUGUUAUAGAAAAAUGGCGAGAGGGCUGAAGGUUCAUAUUGAUUUAUAAGGGGGAAUAACUGAUAUCUCUUUCCUCGUGAACAAUCAUAUUAAUUUACAGAUUUUCCACAUUUGAAAAUUUCACGUAUGAUGGUAGCAUGAAUCGUCGCAGUUCAUAUGUAUUUUUAAAAAUGAAAUUUUAAUACUUUUUAAAUAUUUGUUAUAGCUGGUUGCCAAUUGUUUGAAGUUUAUGUUUAUUUUAUCAUUAUAUAUGUUCUUGCAUGGCUUGUGGUUGACCCGACUUUUAUCAAGUUCACCGUUCGCCGAAUACAAACAAUAUAAUAGGCAAA